AUAUCAGCCUGAAUCAAAUCAAGUAUGGACUUUUAGGAUGCAAAAUGAGCGUAGAAAAGACAAAAGAAGGAGUGGCAGGAUAUUUCAAAGUGCAUACGAAAUACCCAGAAAUCUUUCAGCGACUUAUGCCAGGCUCGGAGGAGUAUAACAAGUGUAAAAAAUUGACAACUACGAUAGUGAUGCCAAAGCUCACACAAGAUUUAUGCAGAAUCACUAUCUUUAUACCGGAUGAUCCAAAUGGAGAAGCAACUGAUGGAAUAACUUAUGAAGUUUUACCCCUGAUGCAAGCAGAAAUUCGUAUCAGAAGUGUUGAUUUUUUUGUUUCAAACUAUUUAAUUAUAGACUUGAAACACUUUCAUUUUGGUUUCAUCUCUAAAUUUAGCCCUUCCAUAGUUUACAAACUGAUGGACAUAUUGUUGUCCACAACAAGUCGAAUAAAGAAUGUGCACCUGGUGAAUGUACCACCCUUGAUAGAGCAAGUGAAGAUGCUUCUGAAACCAAUUAUACCGAAAAAACUAUUCGAGAGGAUACGAACCCACGAAAAUUUUGAAUCCCUUCAAGAAUGUAUACCCAAAGAAUAUCUGCCAUUGGAUUUUGGAGGAACAGAACCUUCAAUAUCAGAAAUUGAAAAAAGAUGGUAUGAGAAAAUAGAGAGCCAGGAAAAGAUUUUCAGAGAACUGCUCAAUUGCAAAUCAACUAUCCAAGAUUGGACAGACAAACAUAUUGGAGAGUUAAGUAUGGAAGGAUCAUUCAGAAAACUCACCAUUGACUAGAUAUCCUGUCAUUAACAUACUUAUUCAAUGAAACAUUUUGAAUAGUGAACAUUCGAGUUUAUCAACUGAAUUUGAAUUAUGGAAUGUAUUUCUAAAUGAAAUAAAUAAAAUCAUUCAACAUGUUUUGA